AAUCCAACACUACCAUCUAAUGAUGACAUAAAAGACUGUCUCUAUCUUGACUAUUCAUCUUCUGAUCAGGAGGCUUACCAAAUAGCAGACUGUCGAAGCAAACUUACGUUUAUCUGCCAGAAACGUAGUAAUUGGUCGACGGUUUUGGCCGGACCUCAACACCAGCGUGUUCGUAAAGGAUCAACUGUUGUGGCGGCGGACUAUACUAUUUGGCUCCUGAUUCUGGUGGCUCUUAUUCUCAUCGCGAUAAUUCUAUGUAUUCUAUGUCAAGCGUGUUUCAAGCAACGGGACCGAAAUCGAGUACACACUGCGGAGAGUAGCCGACUUGUUCGAGGUCUUGACGGCCAAAUUACGCAGCCAGGUUCCGAGCAGGUGGCCAACCAAACUGCAGCUCAGUUCCCUUCAGUGCAGACCGUCACGCAUGAGAAUCAAGCAGAAGUUUCGUCUUCCGCACCUCCUAAACUUGCCAAUGAGGCAGACUUGCGACGUACGGAUAUUCGCUACAAUGUUGAUGAGGAACAGUUACAUCCACCUGACGUAAGAAUCUCGUCAGAACAAGCUGCACGAGCAUUACCUCCUCUUUCGAUACGGGAGACUACACUGCAAAGCAUGAACAGGGAAGAGAGUUUUCUACGUAGCAAACGUACUAACGAGUUGUUCGAUCGACCGAAAAUGGAUGUUCUCAAAAACGACUGGGAUGCCUACGAACGUUAUUGUGACUAUGCUAAUCGAACAUCUGAAGGUAAUGCCAUUAUGGUGCUUCAUGUGUUCCCCCCCCCCUUUCUUCCGGAUGAAUGUGACUUUGAUUCUUGA